GUUUUUCUUCACAGAAACGCUGGCCAAGCAUACAGAAGAAGCUCCGUUAAUAAUAUAUUAAACAUUAUUUUGUUUUAUUGAGUACUAAUUCUAUGUGAUCUGUGCCCUAUUGCUCAUAUGUUCUAUUGGUACCGAGUGUUUGAACCAUAAUCGUUCCGCAGGGAAUGCAUUUUAAGUCGCAAUGAGUGCUUUCGAGGUAAACGUUACGCCAACGCGGGGUCAGCCGAAACGGCGCACCGAGUCCCGAGAACCAACGCUGGUGUUUCUGGGGCCAUUUACCCCAAAGGCAACGGUUAUCUUUGAAGGUGUGCCAGUGGGAAAAACCGCGCGCCGACAGCUGAUCGUGAAAAAUCCGUACGAUGGCGAAAUAAAGGUUUUGGUCACGAAAAUUCCUAAGCCAGAUUUUAAUCUAGCGCUAGAGUGGACAUCAUUGGAUAUCCCAUUCGGGGAAGAAAGGCAACUAGAAUUGGUGUGGAACCCGCUUCAAUUGCUAAUUGGUAAGGAAUGCCUUCAACUGAGUGAUUCCCGUGGCAAUAAAAAAGAAGUGACGCUUAUUCUCAAAUCGAUGGAAUUGAAAAAGGCCUCCAACAAAAAACAACUAUCAAAGCCAGUUCUUCCCAAAAAAUUGAAGCUCAAAUCGCCAUCUCCACCAAAAAUUUUGCUAAAAAGAGCAGUUUUAAAGAAAAAAAGAGAUUCGCCAUCGAGAAGCAUAACUCAAUCUUCUCCUUCGGUCCAUCCGGCUUCACCUGUAAAUGUAUUAAGGCCAAGUCAUGCUUCGAACAUUUUUAGCGCAAGUGCCUUCAACUUCUCGCAUGUUUCUGAAGCUGCUGACUAUGACAGAAGGAAUAACAAAGAAAAUGUUAGUCCAGGGACGCCAGAAAAUGCUUCAAGGCUCUUCAAUGGUAUUAAGUUUACCCCAACUUCGCACUCCAAGGAUAUUUCCUAUCUAGCGGAUUUGCCCACACCGAUCAACUUUCUAAAAUUAGACGACAUUCGGUUGGAAAGAACCACCACGAUACGGAAGAGACUUAGUAUUUCACCUGAAAUAACUCAAAGGCAGCUUCCUUCCUAUGAGAAUGAAACACCACGAAUAACUAUAUCUCAUGACCACAGUGCAUUGGCUCUGAAAAGAACACCCAAGUCCAGCCACAGUACGACGAUACAUCGCACUUUGAAUGCUUCGGAAUCGAAGAACAUGUUUUGUGUGUCUAAAGAAUUUGAUCCAAACUGUUUUUCGACUGUUACAAAACCUGAGCGACAGGAAAAUGUACAUCAAACGGUUGACGAAGCAACAAAAGAUUCCGGAAGGCAGUUGAACUUUUCUCAUGAAUAUGUGCUGAAUGACAUUCAAACUAAGGAAUUCCCUGUAGGAGAUAAGAAGUCGACCAGAAAUAACGUUGCCGGUAGCAUCUCUCCCUGCAACGAGAUUCAAUUAGUAUUAAUGAAUGCGUUGGAUACGGCUUACGGUGAGCAACCAAAAGUAUUAAACAAAACACAAACAGUUUCGCCGUACAGCCUAAGCCCCCAGCUUUCCAUGAUCGCAGAAGAAAGCUCGCGUGACCUUGGCGCCACCUAUCAUGGUUGCACUUCCCGGGACCAGACACCAGAUCCACUCCAACUGAACCAAAAAACGUUCAAAGUUGCUAGCCAUGACAGUCUGCUGAAAUGCAACUCCGCUGACCAUAUUGGGGAAAAUCUUACCAUGGAAAUCAAACACGCUGCCACACAGGCCUCAAUGCCGAACCUCAACGAUGGCGGUGACUUUUUUGACGAAGAAGAGGCUCGAAUGUUCAAAGAGCAUGAAAUACGAGCCCAAUCGAGCCGAUUCAAUCUACACGAGAUAGGCCACGGCCAUGACGAGUCACGACCGGAUGGAGGCAAAAGUUUGGAUCGAAGCUCGAUAAGUUGUGAUAAGGAUGAGCUGUUUUCGAUGCAGAUUUCGCCACCGAAAAGAAGCAAACUGUCAAUGUCGGCCUCGCUCAAUUCUCUUCUAUCGGUUGCCUCGACGGGACCGACGAGUCAUUUUGCGGUGCCAACCGCUCCCAGGAAUCGCCUCUCCAGUUCGAAUGCGCGAAUAAGUUCACAGACUACAAGGAACAAUGUACCCCGAACACUGUCCCUCAAACGACCACCGGUUACGACGCCGCCAGGGAAAAAAUUUCCGAGCGCGGAGAAACGUGUUUUCCUGUACGAUUCCGAGCGACAUCUAAAAACUCUCAUCAAUCCGGAUCCCUUCGCAGCAACUACAACAUGCGAUCCGUUCCUGAGUGCCACAAUGUAUCUGGACGAGAGGGCCUUCCAAAAGUACGAGCGCCAGCUGAAGAAAUGGCUCAAUGCGUUAGUUACGAUUCCGGCGGAUUUGGAUACCGAACCGAACAAACCUCUAGACGUUGGGAAGCUAUUCGAUGAAGUGAAGGGCAAAGAUCUCACACUCGCCCCAACGAAAGAGUUAAUUUCGUCCAACUACUACAAAAGCCGCCUGAAUCAGUUGAGAAGUGCUGGUAUUGCUCUGUAUCUCAGCAAGGAUGUCGCAGAUCCACUGCGGAAAGUGCGGAGUUCGAUCGAGAAGAAGGCCAUGGCAUUGAGGACCGAUCGCGACCUGCAUCUGGAUUUAGUGCUACAACGGAACAUUCUUGAGUUGCUGCUCUGUUUCAACCCCCUUUGGUUGAGACUUGGGCUUGAGGUGACAUACGGUGAAGAGAUUGAGCUGCAGUCGAACCGGGAUGUGAUUGGUUUGAGUACAUUCAUAGUAAAUCGGCUUUUCCGGGAUAGAUAUCUUGAAUCGAAAAAUUCAAGAGCAUACAGUUUAUCUCCGGCAUAUGGCGAACACAUGAAAAAAUACACCUUCCGAAUGUUUCUGUUUCUGCUGUUCUUCCUCGACACAGCUAAGAAUCGGCGACUGAUUAAACACAAUCCUUGUUUGUUUGUGAGAAACGCUCCCUACAAGGAAACGAGAGAAAUCUUGGUCAGAUUUUCUUCACAUCUCAUUGCUGGAAUAGGAGAUAUCACCAAGCACCUGAGACGGUUUGGUUAUACUUUGACCCACAAACAGACAUUCUUGGACGAGUUCAAUUAUGCAUUUGAAAAUUUGGCCGUUGACCUCAGAGAUGGCAUUCGGCUAACUCGUGUGAUGGAGAUCAUCCUAUUGAGGGACGAUUUGACUAAUCAUUUGAGGGUGCCAUCCAUAUCACGUUUACAGAAAAUUCACAACGUUAAUUUGGCACUGAAGGCUCUCGAGGAGGCACAGUAUCAAAUUACGGGAGAUAUUGCGGCGAAGGAUAUCUGCGACGGUCACCGUGAGAAAACGCUCUCGCUUAUGUGGCAAAUUGUGUACAAAUUUCGAGCUCCGAAGUUCAACGCGGCGGCCAACGUGAUUCGAAGUUGGUGGAAGAAAAAAUGGCUGAAAGUGUUCAUAUCAAGGAGAAUCGCGGAGAAGAAGAGAAAAAGAAUGGAACUGGCUGCGCUCAGGAUACAAACAGCCUUUCGAGGGUACUACACAAGAAAAUAUUACCAUCGAAUGCGGGAACAGAAAUUGCGCGCGAUUGUGGUUAUGCAAAAGUAUACGCGAAGGUAUCUCGCCCAGAAACGAGCUGCAAUGAAGUACUCUUACAUUCUACGAAUCCAACAUUGGUGGCACGCCGUGCAACAGAAGCGUGCAGCUCGAAAGCACUUCCUACUGCAACGAACAAGUGCAAUUGUCAUACAGAAGCGUUACCGACGACACGUGCUGGCGAACCGCCUCCUAGCAGCAUCUGCUGUGAUUCGCACGAUCAAAGCUGAAUCUCGGAGGAGACACCAGAUGGCAAUAGUCAUCCAGCGGGCUUUGCGAUCAUACGCAAUCCACCGGAAGCUACAAUCCAUUGUUAUGGGAAUGGUUGCAUUCAACCAAAAGAAAGCCCUCAAAUACCGUUCAGCUGCGAAAAUUCAAGCCACCUUCAAAAUGUAUUUGUUGAGACGAAAGUUUGUGCAAAUGAGGGCAUCCGCAAUUCGUAUUCAAAUUCGUUGGAGAGAAUAUUUACUGGCUAAAAAAGAAAGAAACAAUUUCCUGAACAUAAAAAGAUCUGCACUUGUGUUACAAGCACGAAUUCGUGGAUAUUUCCUAAUGAUGCAAGCGAAAACUCAAUACGAAAAGCAACGCUCCAGCAUACUCUAUGUUCAGCGAAAGUUUUUGGCUACACGUUUAAUGAGGAAAAAGCGUGCCGAAUAUCUGCAACUCAAGCAAACCACAAUAAUGAUUCAACGUACAUUCAGAGCUCAAGUCGCGAUGAGAGUGCAGAGGGACUCCUUCCUACGGUUGAAAUCAGCUGCAAUGGUACUUCAGCAGAGAUACCGCGCCAAAAAGGCUAUGCAGGCAUGCAAGCGAGAAUUCACCACACUGAGAAACGCCGCAGUAACCAUCCAAUGUCAACUUCGAGCACAGCUGGCAAUGAGGGAAGCACGUAACGAAUAUCAGCUAGUCAGAUCAUCAUGUAUUUUUAUUCAACGUCGCUUCAGGGAAACCGUCUUGAUGAAAAAGCAAAGACUUGAAUUUCUCACUUUACAGUAUCAUACAAUUUUUAUACAACGUCAGUUCAGAGCUAAUCUAAUGGCCCAGCAGCAACGACAACAGUAUCUCGAGCUGAGAUCAGCAGUUACAUAUAUUCAAAAUAAAUUACGAGCAACAAUUCUUAUGCGCCAAAUUCAAUCUUCAUACCAGCAAAAGCGUGAUUCCGCGAUUAAAAUUCAACAGUGUUGGCGUUAUGCUCAGUUGAAACGGACUGUCCGCAGCGGUUAUCAGGAGAAGAAAAUGGCCGCCAUUAAAAUACAGAGGUUUUAUCGAGGACAUUUGCUAACCAAGAAGUUCCGCAGUUAUUUCAUCCAGUUGAGAAAAGCAACGAUCUCAAUACAGCUGCGAUAUCGUGCCACCAAGCUAAUGCAAACAGAACAAAAGAGUUUCAAAAAUUUGAUGAGAGCUGUUGUUACGGUUCAAAAACGCUAUCAAGCCAUUCUGGUGGCUCGCAGACAAAAAACUGAAUACGUUGAACUGAGGAAAGCGGUCAUCAAUAUCCAGCAACGCUGGCGAGCCAAGCUGUGCAUGAGAAGAGAACGUAACGAAUAUUUGCAACUAAGAUCAGCCGCUAUACGCGUACAGUGCCAGUUUCGUGCCACGAGAGCAAAGAACAAAGUUCAAGCGGAUUACCAAAACACCCGAAAUGCCAUAAUAUUUAUUCAAAGAAAAUAUCGAGCGAAAUGCGAAAUGGAACGAGUGUAUGGUCGAUUUUUGAACUUAAAGAGCGCGACUAUUGUGAUUCAGGAAUUCUUCCGUGGGUACUUACGAAUGAAGCAGGAAAAGGCAACAUUCCAACAACUCAAAAGUGCCACUUGUGUCAUACAACGGCGAUUCCGAGCCUUGAAGAGUAUGAAAGCACAUCAAGCGGAUUACAAUGAGAAAAGAACCGCUGCGCUCGUUAUUCAGCAUUAUUUCCGCGCUCACCUUCAGAUGAAACAGCAACGGAACACGUUCGUACUGUUAAAAAAAGCUACGUUAAUAAUCCAAACCAGAUAUCGUGCAACAUUGGCGAUGAGGAUCGCCAGGCGUGAGUACGAAUCUAUGGUAUCGUCCGUAGUCCUGCUUCAGCGAAAAUGGCGCGCAACUUUGCGUAUGCAUGGGCAGCGUAAAGCGUAUCAAAACAUACUUUCAGCUGUGAAAAUCAUACAAGUACGCUUCCGGGCACACAAACUGCGACAGAUCAAUCAUUCACGUUUUCUCACCUACCGUAAUGCCGUGAUAACAGUGCAAAGACGUUUCCGUGCAAAUUGCCUAAUGCGAUCGGAACGUGCCGUCUUCCAACAGCUUCAAACCAUAACCCUCCGACUGCAGGCUUUAGCGCGUGGUUUUCUCGCACGUGCAGCAUUCACCGCCAGACUGACCCCCGAAUAUAUCGAGCGACGUCACCAGGAAGAAGCGGCCAAACGGAUACAAGCCAGUUGGCGUGGAUACAAGCAUCGAAAACGUCAUCAAACCAGAGGGAUGCGAGAAAUCGCCAAUCGGAUGGCUGCUAGUCGGAGAGAAUCCGCGCGGGAUCCUUCCAAUCGUGUGCACAGCAUUGUGCGAUCGUGUAUGAAGUUCAUGAAGACACGUUUCGCCGUCCACGAGGCAAUCAAAGUGCUGCUGAGAAUUGAACACAUUUCCAGGCUGGUGCCAUACAUGCUCGAGAACGAUGCAGAUUUUCUGGCCACUUUCUGCUACGGAACAAUGGCCCAGGCCAUUCGUUCCGAGCUGGACAAGCAGCUUAUCGAGAUAUGCGCUAGGAUUAUACUGAAUAUGGCGCGGUUUGGUGGGACGAAAGAGGAAGUUUUCCAGGAGAAUGGUUUAGUUACUGUGUCACAAAUGCUGCUUCGUUGGUGUGAUAAAGAAUGCGGAAUAUUCAACACGCUCUGCACCUUAUUAUGGGUUUUAUCACACGAUGUUCGCAAGAAAAAUGCCAUUCGACGUUAUAUGAUUUCACGGGAGGCGAUUUACAUGUUGCGCGAAACUAAGAAGUUAGUGAAGAGGAAAGAGAAUAUGCGCAAAAACGUCAAGAAACCUAUCGGGUGUCUCGUGCCGCCAGAUCCUUCUCUCAUGCGGAUGGAACCAAUUUUGGAACCAGAUUAUGGAGUGAUUCGUAGCAAACCAUACGUGUUUUACUCUUCGGUGUUUGCAUUUGAUACUGUGUUAAGCAGGUUGAAUGUUGACAUUUCGUAGCAUGACUGUUGUUGAAUUAUGUUUGUUUUGUUGUUGAGUGCAGUUAUUAAAAAUCUCCUUUGCAGUAUAUGAACCAUGACGAGUAAUUAACUCAACGUAAUAAAUUGUAAU